AUGUCCGGGAUUUUAUAUUGCGGCGACACCAAUCUGAAUCUAGAACUAUCAUUUUCCGAACUAGGUCUUGUUUGCCAGCAGACACGGACAGGCCAAAAUGGUCCCAACGUCCAUCACUGGGACGCCGGCACUCGAUCCUCCUGUCAACCCUGGGAGCAUCUAAAAGAGACGAAUUUUGCAUUUACAAUGAGUCGCAGCACAGUAUCACCGAUCGCAGUUCCUAACAUCUGCCCCGCUGCAUUCGUAGUCAACAAUAAAUAUCCAUUGCCGUUUGAACAACCGCCCGGAAACAACGGGCUUCCUUUUCGGCCAUUAAGGAAGAGAGGAAUAAAUUUAGAUUCCGGAGGAGAACCGCGGACAGCGAAUUACUGCGAACGGGCACGAAGGUGGAGAAUGUGGAGAGUGGACGGAAAACAACAGACGAUGAUCAAUCAUUGGGUCAGAUUAGGUGAAGCCGUAGAUAGGCAUCUGUGGGGAUCACGUUGUUUACUGACUUAUAGCACGGAUUCUCCUUUUCGAGCAAUGCCGCUUAACGAGAGCACGUUAUCGUGCUCGCAAGGAAAUUACUAA